GCUUUUUUCAGUUCUCUCCUCAACUUCAAGGUCCCUUGAAACCACUCAUAUACUUAACCUGCAAACAUAUCAUCCAUUACAAUUGUAUCGAUAAUCCACAAAAACUGUGUCCUAUAUGUCCACCAACUGAUAUGGAAAUUGAUAACG